UUUUCCUUUCCCCCUCCCUUCCGUCUCCUCUCUUCCCUCUCUCUCCCUUUCCUUCCCUCUCCCCUUCCUUCCUUCCUUUCUUCCCUUCGCUCCCUGUGGCAUUUAUUUCCUUCCCUUUGUACUCUGUUCUCUUUGCUUCUCCAGAUUUUUAUUCGCUCCUUCUCCCCCUGUGGAAACCAAAGAAACGCAUAAGGAAUGUUGCCUGUUCCCAGGCACUCUCUGUCUCUCCUCCCCCUCUCUCUGGGUUGGCCUACCUCGGAGGGCUCCGAUGAAGAUAAAAGGGGGAAUCCCCCAGCAGGGCUUGCUGCCUGCAGCUUCGGGACAAAAGGGAGAAAUCCUUCCGUUCUGCCAGAGCAGGUGCCGGGAUCCAGCUCCACAACAUGGCUGCCUUGGCCCAGGAGCUGGGCACGGCGUUCUUCCAACAGCAGCAGCUCCCCGCCUCCAUGGCCGACACAUUUUUGGAGCACCUGUGCCUGCUGGAUAUUGACUCCGAGCCCAUCAUCGCCCGGAGCACCAGCAUCGUUUGCACCAUUGGCCAGCAUCGCAGUCGGUGGAGAUGUUGCGUGAAAUGAUCAAAGCCGGCAUGAAUAUCGCAAGGCUGAAUUUCUCGCACGGAUCGCACGAGUAUCACGCAAAGUCCAUUGCAAAUAUCCGGGAAGCAACCCAAAGCUUCGCCACAAAUCCUCUUUUCUUCCGGCCCGUGGCCAUCGCUUUGGACACCAAAGGCCCUGAAAUCCGGACAGGGUUGAUUAAAGGGGGCGAGAACAAAGAAGUAGAACUGGUCAAAGGAUCCCAAUUGAUCGUGACCACCGAUCCGGCCUACCGGGACCAAUGUGAUCCGCAGACAAUUUGGGUGGAUUACGCCAACUUGCCGAAAGUCGUUAAGGUUGGCGGACGGAUCUUUAUUGAUGACGGGCAGAUCUCCUUACUGGUCAAGGAACUCCGUCCCGACAGUUGUGCGGUCGAAGUGGAAAACGGCGGGAUGCUCUGUAGCCGGAAGGGAGUCAACUUGCCGGGGGCCAAGGUGGACUUGCCAGCCUUGUCCCAGCGGGAUAAACAGGACCUGGAGUUCGGAGUGGAGCAGGGGGUUGACAUGAUCUUCGCCUCCUUCAUCCGCAAGGCUGGUGACGUGAUGGGCAUCCGAGAGGCCCUGGGCGAACACGGCCGCCACAUCAAAAUCAUCAGCAAGAUCGAAAACCACGAGGGGGUCAAGAGGUUUGAUGAGAUCCUGGAAGCCAGCGAUGGCAUCAUGGUGGCUCGUGGGGAUCUGGGGAUUGAAAUCCCCUGCGAGAAGGUGUUCCUGGCUCAAAAGAUGAUGAUUGGCCGGUGCAACCGUGCGGGCAAACCGGUGAUCUGCGCCACGCAGAUGCUGGAGAGCAUGAUCAAAAAGCCUCGUCCCACCAGGGCGGAGAGCAGCGACGUGGCCAACGCCGUCCUGGAUGGGGCCGACUGCAUUAUGCUGUCCGGGGAGACAGCCAAGGGGGCCUAUGUGGUGGAGGCUGUGCGGAUGCAGCAUGCGAUCGCCCGAGAGGCCGAAGCCGCCAUGUAUCACCAGCAGCUCUUCCAGGAGUUGCGGCGCCUGACGCCCUUAAGCCAAGAUCCGACCGAGGUGACCGCCAUCGGUGCUGUGGAGGCCUCCUUCAAAUGUUGCGCGGCGGCCAUCCUUGUCCUGACCGCCACCGGCAGGUCUGCGAAGAUCCUCUCCCGCUACCGGCCUCGGGCUCUCAUUAUCGCCGUGACCCGGGACGCACAGGUGGCCCGCCAAGCUCACCUCAGCCGCGGUGUUUUCCCGGUCGUGUGUCACGGCACUAAGCAGGGCACCUGGGCGGAAGAUGUCGAUCGCCGGGUGCAGUUUGGGAUGGAGAUGGGCCGCGUGCGAGGCUUCUUACGCUCGGAAGACGUGGUGAUCGUUGUUACCGGAUGGCGGCCUGGGGCUGGUUUCACCAACAUCAUGAGAGUUCAGCAGGUGCCGUGAGCACCGCGCGUCAUCCCAUCUGAAACCUGUGCCGCCUUUUCUCCCCCGUUGCUGAAGGCCGUGCUCCCUGUGCUUUGCAGCGUGUCGGUUGAGAUUUGAAAGGCUUCAACCUUUUGCUUAAAGAUGUACGUGAAAAGCU